UAUAUAACAAGCAUGCAAGCAAAUUAUUAAGCAGAGUUAGAAUGUAAGUCAUUAACUUAAUAUCCCAGAAUUGCAAGCUAAGGCUAUUGAAUUGGCAUAUUAAACUAUUGAGGAAGGCAAAUGGGAAAAGGAAAUUGAACAGGAUGGAGUUGUAUUCUAUUCCAAACCUGGCUCUACAGGAUGGAAGAUCUCAAGAUCCGAAAUUGUAGCUGAGAUAGACCCAAAAAAAGCUGUUGAAGUGCUUAAAGACUAGACAAGAUUUUAAGAAUACAACCACACAGCUCAGGAAGUAUAUUCAUAAUCAUAUAAUUUUAGAUUAAUCUCAUCAAGAAGAUCGAUGAUAACAUUUCUAUUCAAUAUAUUCUAACCAAACCUAACUAAGUCUUGUAAUAAUAAAGAGAUAUAGUCACUGUGUCUAAAGCCUCAUCCUUACCUGAUGGUACAAACUUUAUUGUUGGUAUAUAAUAUUUUGAUAUUUUCUAGCUAAAUCCAUUGAAUUACCUGAAGCACCCGUAAAAGAAGAGUAUGUUAGAGCAGAGAUAAUCAUAAGUUUCUUUGGAUUCAAACCAAUUGCAAAUGGAUAAACCUUAGUGACAAUGGUGUAAUCUUUUGAUCCAAAGGGAGAUGCUCCAAAAGAUUUGUUGAAUAGCUUGGCCAAUAAGGUUGUCAAUUACAAUAAAUUAUUUGUCGAGAAUUUGAAGAAGGCAACCGUUAAAGAGUGAUUAC